CAUGGCAAAGAAAACGUUAAACAACGCUGGAAGAGAACGAUAAAGUCUGUGUCGAAGCAAGAGGAGGAACAAUACACAGAAUUUGAAUUAGUGGAUGCCCCAGUGCAGCCAGCAGUGGUGGAAAUGCUCCCAAAAGGAAGCCAUUACAAGGUAUUCCUUGAAGAGGCAGCUAUCGGUAAAGCAAAAACGCCGAGCGAGAUAAGGCCCAAAAUCAACAAAAGUAAUAGAAAGGUCGAAAAAUCUGUGAAAAACGACACCGAAAAGGCACAAAAAGGCUCUUCUGAUAGGAGCUUAAGUAGUUCAGCGAAGGUGCCAAGCAGUGGUAGUAGCUCCGCUCAGAAGAACAUGUCCGCUUACAUGGGUCCAAUGCCGAAGUCGAAAAGUGCAGAGCGUUCGACGCUGGCUUUACCUUCUGACAGAAACCAUAGAAAUGGAAAUAGUUCAUUUUGUAACAAUUUUACAACUCAACUGUUACGCAGCGAUCGUAGCAGCUCGAAGAUAGGCAAUAACCUGAACUCUGGAUUAACGGGAAGCGCCGAUCAAAAUUCAAAACAAAAGAUGCUUAUAUGUGGGAUGUGUCAUCGUGUUUUUGAGGAGUCUGGAAGCGGGACGGAAAAGGAAAAGCGCAUGGAAUCCUUUUCUGAUGAAAGGACGGAACCACCGCCGCAGGACAAACCUUUACAGUGUGGAGGAUGUGCGUCUAAAGAAUCAGCAGAACAGCCACUCUCAAAUGAACGGCCACAAGGCAAAUUCCUAAAACUAUCACGUGAAAAAAUUGAGUUCCUGAUCUCGGACCAACCAAUGCCAUCUGAGAAAGCGCAGACUGCUUUUUUUGGAACCUCAGAGGAUACACUCUUUUUCAAACCACCAUCACCCGAACGAAAUUCACCAGUCACGCCUAAAAUCAACAUAGCAUCCACAGUUCCAAAUGAAACUGCAGCUACUAUGAACAGAAAUAAACCCCUUCUCAAGGAAGAGCCUGUGCCUAUAACUCGUGAUGCAUCCGACCAAAAACAAGGCUCAUCUCAGUCCGGCUCUGACGAAAAAGGGAAUCGCACACACAUGGAAAAGAAGAUUCGGCAACCAUCGGCUCGCACGGUGAUGAUUAAAACGAAGAACUACGAAAUUCGACUCUUUAUUAUUAAUCAGUAUUUAUCG